UGUUUUCUUCCCAAUAUAUUUGCAAAAACCAGAAGACGCUAAAUGAUGUUACGAUUAGCACAUGUAAUAAUAAUUGUUACUAUAUGUACAUGUGUUGUUUUCGCCUUGACGCAGAGAAAAGAGGGGUCGAGGCGAAACCCAAACAGGAAGAGAGCUGAUACUAUAUGUCUAAACUGUGAGGAGAACUCGUGUGACAACACCACUGGAAUUUGUGAACGAUGUCUGAGAGGGUACUACGGCGAGACAUGUGGAGACACCUGUCCAAACACGUGCCCUGAGUGUGACCAGUAUACCGGUCAGUGUAUAUCAUGCAGGGACGGCUGGUUCGGCCCUCACUGCUUCUUCAAAUGCGUUCUCUGUUUUUCUUGCCAUAUCGUCACCGGUGAAUGCACUACCUGUAAACCGAAAAAAUGGGGACCGUUUUGUCAACAAGAUUGUGAUCGGAACUGCUACAUAUGUCAGGCAGCAAAUGGAAAAUGCGUUCAGUGUGCGCCGGGAUAUUACGGGAGAAGCUGUGAAAAGCGAUGUAUGAACUGUUUUAGAGGUCUUUGUCGACCAAGAACAGGGGUAUGCCAUUUUGGUUGUAAGGCUGGAUUUUAUGGUAGAUUUUGUCAGAAGGAUUGUCCUUCAAACUGCAGACUGUGCGACAAAAACAGUGGAAAAUGCAUACAAAAGAGACCAGAAUUUGCUCGAAAAAUCCAACAACCAGAAAUCAGGACGGAUAAAUUACAGACAUCGAUUUCUAUUGAUAAAGAAAAGCAAUCAAGCUCAAAAAACAACGGAUCUAUCCCGGAAACUACUCCAAAAUCAUCCAACAAGGUGUCUCAAACGAGAAAAGAAAACGUGAUAAAAGAAAAUGGUCAGAAAUUACAAACGAAUAUACCAGAAACCAAAAGCGAGGCGAAUUUAUCAACUUCUACAUCAACUCCUAAAGUUGAACUUAGUUCUACUGUUUCAACAAAUGAAACACUUACGACUUCGAAGUCGAUGUCGUGAGCGUUUGAAAACACAAUACCAAACACUGUUGUUCCUAGGUCUGACUAAGCAAUAAAUCCCAAAUGUUGAGAUACGGUAUUUCAAUUGGUAAACAUGGUUACAAAAUGUAAUUCUUUCGUCAUUAUUUAACUGCAGUUAGUUAGUUAAAAAAAUAAAAUUUGAACAAUU